CGGCGAAGCGCUCGCCCUCUAGCCUCAAGAGGAAGACAGGAAGUGAAUUCCAGUUCCCAAGCCGCACCGCCUAAAUACCACGCCAGGUUGUCGGAGUCCGGGCUAGUUGUGACGCAGUACUGUAGUACUGUUUUCCGGCACUGAUAAACGGAAAACAAUCCACCAGGUCUCGGCAACUAACUUUCCGGCACUACUUAUGCCCGAGCGUGUCGCUCCCAAUGCGCAGGCGCCGCAGGUGCCGCAGGUGGCGGCAUGCAGGGCCUGGGAGGAGGAGGAGGAGGAGGAGGCUGGGGUGGGGCCGGGGGCAAGUGCUGUGAUGCGGUUCCGGGGAGGGGCUUUCGGGUAGCGGCCGAAUGACAGUUUCCGAGCGGCAGCGGCAGUGAUGGCGAUUUUUAGUGUGUAUGUGGUGAACAAAGCUGGCGGCUUGAUUUACCAGUUGGACAGCUACGCGCCACGGGCUGAGGCUGAGAAAACUUUCAGUUACCCGCUGGAUCUGCUGCUCAAGCUACACGAUGAGCGUGUGUUGGUUGCUUUCGGCCAGCGGGACGGCAUCCGAGUGGGCCAUGCAGUGCUGGCCAUCAAUGGCAUGGACGUGAACGGCAAGUACACGGCCGACGGGAAAGAGGUGCUGGAGUAUCUGGGUAACCCUGCUAAUUACCCGGUGUCCAUUCGAUUUGGCCGGCCCCGCCUCACUUCUAAUGAGAAGCUCAUGCUGGCCUCCAUGUUCCACUCGCUGUUUGCCAUCGGCUCCCAGCUGUCUCCUGAACAGGGAAGCUCAGGCAUUGAGAUGCUGGAGACAGACACAUUCAAAUUGCACUGCUACCAGACACUGACAGGGAUCAAGUUUGUGGUUCUAGCAGAUCCUAGGCAAGCUGGAAUAGAUUCUCUUCUCCGAAAGAUUUAUGAGAUUUACUCAGACUUUGCCCUUAAGAAUCCAUUCUACUCCUUAGAAAUGCCCAUCAGGUGUGAGCUCUUUGACCAGAACCUGAAGCUAGCCCUGGAGGUGGCAGAGAAGGCUGGAACUUUUGGACCUGGGUCAUAGGCUGAACCUGUGAUGGACCCCCAAAUUCUGAGAGUUCCUGCAAAAGGAAUACUGCUGUUUAUACUCCAGUGGAAACCCCAGCAGCCUUGUUAGUGCACUGGAAAAUGGGAGAAUGCGGACCCUGAAGACAAAACUGAUUCCUGAGCCUUAACACUGUGUUCUUCCUUCUGUAUAUACCAUGGUCUUACUUUCCAGCUCUGUAUGGAUUUAUUUUUGGAGGAGCUAGGUCCAUAAAUGUUGUAAUAAAUAUUCCUUUGAUCUUGGUGUUUGC